AGUGGUAGAUUAACGUCGUGGUAAGACGUAAGUCAUCGGUUUAAAUCCGAAAAAGUAUAUUUAUUUUUAAAAAUCCAUAAAAAUGAACGUUAUGUAAUGAUAUAAAAUCUCUUGAAUUGGACGUUAAUUAAUAUACACGGAAAUUACAUUAAUUCUGAAAUUUUCAAUUAGUAUUUGCAAAAGAGCUCGUUAAUUACCGGGCAGUGCUCCCGCGGCUCUUCCGGCGGGAGGCGGCGAUGAGCUCAGGCAGAUCGGCGGCUCUGGUGGUUCGGCCGGGGAGAAUCUUCAAUGUGCACCGGCACAGAGAGAAUCUCAGUCAAUGAAAUGGCCAACUGUCAAAAGCCGACUUCUGAUCCCUAACACGACCUUUAUAAUAACCCUUCUCCCUUCCUGCACUUGCCAGUUUGCCUUUGAAAAAUGUAAGCUUUAAGCACUAACAUGAUCCCCAACAAGCUUAAAGGAGCCAGUUUGUACUGGAAAGCCAUCGGACGAUAGCCUAAACAACAAAUUAAUUGUGUAAUCAUCAACUAAAGGAGCCGGCUAGCUCUUUUCAUUGUUCUUCAUCAAUCUGUUGGAUCAUACUUGAGCUCCAUCAUCAUUCUUCCACCAAAUACGAGUUGCAUCAUUCAGUUGAAUCCAAUAAAUUUCCAAUUGUUUUCCAUUUAACGGAUUGAAGCAGAAUUUACUUAAUCAAGUGCAAUAGUAUGCAGUUACUCUUCUACUACCGGUGUCACCUCCUUCUCCUCCUCUGGCUUGCUUGGCCGCCGCAAUGGGCGACGGGCUGCCACCCUACUGACCGCGCGGCCCUCCGCUGCUUCAGGGCCGGCAUUGCCGGUGACCCCUCUGGCCUCCUCCGCACCUGGGAUGCCGCCUCCGCCGACUGUUGCACCGCCUGGGCCGGUGUCGCCUGCGACGACUCCACCGGCCGCGUCGUCAACCUCACUCUUCCCGGAUUCUCCUCCUCCGCGCUGGAUUUUGCCUCGCUCACCGGGACGCUCUCGCAGUCCCUCGGCGCGUUGUCCGCCCUCCGCGUGCUCGACCUCAGCAACCUCAAGCAGCUCACUGGCCGCAUCCCGCCCUCCCUCGCCCGUCUCUCCCGCCUCGAGGUUCUCCUUCUUGACUCCAACGACCUCUCUGGCGGUAUUCCCUCCGGCUUCGCGAACCUCACUCGCCUCCGACGGGUUUGCCUCAGCUCCAACAAACUCUCCGGCCCGAUCCCCGCGUUCGCUUCCCCUGUUCUUUCCGUGCUCUCCCUCGCUUAUAACCGCCUCACCGGCAGCAUUCCAGCGUCCAUCGGACAGUCAACCGAGCUGCGCGCGGUCGACCUCCAUGACAACAACCUCACUGGCUCGAUCCCGAUCCAAAUCGGCUCGCUGCGCAAGCUCACUUUUCUCGAUCUCUCCGAGAACCAGAUCUCCGGCAGCAUUCCUAGCUCUAUCGACCAACUGAAAACCGUUUCUGUUCUCUAUCUCAACCACAACCGCCUCACCGGUACAAUCCCGUCCACCAUCGGAGGGAUGCUCUCCCUCCAGUUCUGCAGGAUAUCGGAGAACCGCCUCACCGGAAGAAUCCCGGAAUCGAUCGGAGAUCUCCCUAACAUCGAACGACUGAUACUGGAGAACAACCAGCUCACCGGCGAGUUGCCCGCCGCCAUGGGAAGACUCUCCUUCCUCACCCACGUCUUCCUUGCAAACAACCGGAUCACCGGCCGCAUCCCAUCAAGCGUCGGCGGUUUGGGGAGAUUGCUAACCCUAGAACUGUCGCGGAACCGCCUCCACGGCCCAAUCCCUCGGGAACUCUCCCAGCUGCGCAACCUCCAGAAUCUCGAUCUCUCCUUCAACCCGCUGGGAAAUCCACCGAGAUGGUUCGGCGACAUGGGGCUCUUCAAGAUAAGCCUCGCCGGUACGGGGAUCUCCGGGCCGUUGCCCGAGUGGCUCUCAUCCUCGACCUCGAUUUCGAUCCUCGACCUCUCCAGCAACAGAGUGUGCGGGGAGAUCCCACGGUGGAUCGGAAACAUGACCUCUCUCUCAUUCCUCAACCUCUCCCGCAACGCCCUACGGGGGCGGAUCCCGGAGGAGUUCAAGAACCUGACGACUCUGAUGGAUCUAGACCUCCACGGGAACGCGAUCGGCGGGCGGAUCCGGCCGGUGAUGGCGAAGGGGACGCGAGAUCCGCUAGGGCAUUACCGGACGGUGGAUCUGUCGGGGAACCGCUUCACCGGGGGGCUGGAUCCCGACGUCGGGGAGCUCCCAGCCAUGGACGCGGUGGAGAGGCUUGUGCUUUCGAACAACCCGGGACUGGGAGGGGGAAUUCCAGCGUCGAUGGCGAGAAUGGCGUCGCUGAGGGAAGUGGAGAUGGCAGGGGACGGGCUCGCCGGGAGGAUACCGGAGGGCGUCCUGGACCUGGAGAAGCUGGAGGUAUUCGACGUGUCGCACAACGGGCUCAUCGGCCAGAUCCCCAACCACCGAUCUCCGGUGGCGGCGAAAGGGUUCAGGGGGAACCCGGAGCUCUGCGGGGCGCCGCUCCCGCCGUGCAAACCGUAGCAAACUAUGCGGCCUUCCAAUUGGUUAUAUUU